AUGUUUCUUCUUUUCUCAUUUUUAGUUUCUGCGGACAAUGAAGCAGAUUCUUUUAUGAGAAGAAAUGAAGGAACUACCAAAUUUAGCAUCCUAAGUGUCCAACCUUCUCCAGUAAAUGGAAACGGUGACCAGAUUCAAAUUCAAGUUAAUAAAAAUAUUUCUUCACUCGUUUUCUGCAGAUUCAACAACAGAGACUUUCGGGGUAAAAAGUUGGAAGAUUAUUUAAUUCAAUGCGAUUCACCAAAAUUAAGAGAAAAAGAAGUCAGACUUUUUGUUUCAGAAGAUCGUCUUAAAUGGACUGCUCCAUACAUAUUAGUUAUAGAUCCUCUUCCAGCAAACAAAGAUGGCUUUAUUAUGUUAUUAAUUGUUUUACUCGUUGUUGUUAUUCUACUUAUGUCACUCAAAUCGAUAAUGUUCCCCAAGAAGAAAAAGGCUCAUAAGAAGAAAAAGAAAUUACAUAAUAAAAAUGUAGGAAACCAAGCUGUUCAUAGGAACAACUACAAACCUUUACCGGAUCAAGUUCUGUAA